CCUUCGGUCCCCGGCCCCCGCCGAGAGGUGGAGGCAGACCCCCUUGUGAAAGGCUCCACGACCCAGAGUCGGGCGACUCGCAGGUUCUGGCGGAAAGUUGGCAGCCACCGCCCCCUCUCCCGUCUCCCUCCCCGACACCCCAGCCCUCCCCGGGCGCUACGGCGGAGGUGGGGGUGGGGGGAACUGGCCUAGUGUUCUGGAACAGCUGCAGCCGGCGCUGGGCCCGCCUGGAAUGCGGGAACAGGCUGCGCACCAGGACUUUUAUGGAAACUUGCUGGUGGAGCCGGCGGCGGCGGCGGCGGCAGCCAGAGGGCUCCCAGCGGCCGGAGCGGCAGCGGCGGCGGCCGGAGCGCCCAGACCCCCGCCCACACCCAAGCGCAGGACGCGCACAGCCUCUCGGCGCGCAUCGAGGACCCCAGCUCGUCGCCGGCUCCUGGCGGGACUUUUUUCUUGUGUUGCCGUAUCUCCGGGAAGCCGUGUGUGCACGCCCCCAGUGCAGUCUCUGCCAUCCAGUGCAAAAACAUAUAGAACUCCAAAAACCCCCUGAGACCGCAUUCAGCAAACAUGAAUGAUAUUUCCCAAAAGGCUGAGAUUCUGCUUUCUUCAUCUAAACCUGUCCCAAAAACCUAUGUGCCAAAACUUGGCAAGGGUGAUGUAAAGGAUAAGUUUGAAGCCAUGCAGAGAGCCAGGGAAGAAAGAAAUCAAAGGAGAUCUAGAGAUGAAAAACAAAGAAGAAAAGAACAAUAUAUUAGAGAGAGAGAAUGGAACAGGAGAAAGCAGGAGAUUAAAGACAUGCUUGCAUCUGAUGAUGAGGAAGAGGCAUCUUCGAAAGUAGAAAAGGCUUAUGUCCCAAAGCUAACAGGAACUGUUAAAGGUAGAUUUGCUGAAAUGGAGAAACAAAGACAAGAGGACCAGAGAAAGAGGACGGAGGAGGAGCGAAGACGCAGAAUUGAGCAGGACAUGUUAGAGAAGAGGAAGAUACAACGUGAAUUAGCAAAAAGGGCCGAGCAGAUUGAGGACAUAAACAAUACGGGAACUGAAUCAGCACCAGAGGAAGGAGAUGAUUCACUACUUAUAACAGUGGUACCUGUCAAAUCACAUAAAACUUCUGGGAAGAUAAAGAAUUUUGAGGAUCUAGAGAAAGAACGAGAAGAAAAAGAAAGGAUCAAGUAUGAAGAAGAUAAAAGAAUAAGAUACGAAGAACAACGGCGAUCUCUCAAGGAAGCGAAGUGUCUUUCGUUGGUCAUGGAUGAAGAACUAGAAAGUGAGGCAAAAAGAGAAUCACUCUCUCCUGGAAAAUUGAAACUAACUUUUGAAGAACUGGAAAGACAAAGACAAGAAAACCGAAGGAGGCAAGCUGAAGAGGAAGCAAGACAACGUUUAGCAGAAGAGAAACGUGCUUUUGAAGAAGCAAGGCGGCAAAUGGUGAAUGAAGAGGAGGAAAACCAAGACACAGAAAAAAUUUUAAAAGAGUACCGCCCUGGUAAACUCAAACUCAGUUUUGAAGAAAUAGAAAGACAGAGGAGAGAAGAUGAAAAAAGGAAAGCAGAAGAAGAAGCCAGGAGGAGAAUAGAGGAAGAAAAGAAGGCGUUUGCUGAAGCAAGAAGAAGCAUGGUAGUAGAUGAUGACUUCCCAGAGAUGUACAAAACUGUUUCUCAAGAAUCUCUUACACCGGGAAAACUGGAAAUUAAUUUUGAAGAAUUAUUAAAACAAAAAAUGGAAGAAGAAAAGCGACGAACAGAGGAGGAAAGGAAGCAUAAGCUAGAGAUGGAAAAACAGGAAUUUGAACAACUGAGACAAGAAAUGGGAGAGGAAGAGGAGGAACAUGAAACCUUUGAAUUGAGUAGAGAAUAUGAAGAAUUAAUCAAACUGAAAAGAAGUGGCUCUAUUCAAGCCAAAAAUCUAAAAAGCAAGUUUGAAAAGAUUGGACAACUGUCUGAAAAAGAAAUACAGAAAAAGAUAGAAGAAGAACGAGCAAGAAGGAGAGCAAUUGACCUUGAAAUUAAAGAGCGAGAAGCAGAAAACUUUCAUGAGGAGGAAGAUGUUGAUGUCAAGCCUGCAAAAAAAAGUGAGGCCCCAUUUACUCAUAAAGUGAAUAUGAAAGCUAGAUUUGAACAGAUGGCUAAGGCAAGAGAAGAAGAAGAACAAAGAAGAAUUGAAGAGCAAAAGUUAUUACGGAUGCAGUUUGAACAAAAGGAAAUUGAUGCAGCAUUACAAAAGAAAAGAGAAGACGAAGAGGAAGAAGACGGUGGUAGCAUCAUGAAUGGUUCCACUAUUGAGGAUGAGGAGCAAACGAGAUCAGGAGCUCCGUGGUUCAAGAAGCCUCUAAAAAACACCUCGGUUGUAGACAGUGAGCCAGUUAGGUUUACUGUUAAAGUAACAGGAGAACCCAAACCAGAAAUUACAUGGUGGUUUGAAGGAGAAAUACUGCAGGAUGGAGAAGACUACCAGUAUAUUGAAAGAGGAGAAACUUACUGCCUUUAUUUACCAGAAACUUUCCCAGAAGAUGAAGGAGAAUAUAUGUGUAAAGCAGUCAACAACAAAGGCUCUGCAGCUAGUACCUGUAUUCUUACAAUUGAAACGGACGACUACUAGCUCCCCUUCCCUCUCCCUGGAACUUACUUUCUCCCCCUCCUCCCCCUUUCUUACUACAUCAUGUUUUCUGUGGCGGGGCCAAAAUGGAAACCAGAAGUGCCACUAUGUUGACUUUUUAUUCCUUUUCAUAAUAGUCUUCAAAACACAAGCUCAUCUAAAGAAUACUUUCUUCCUUUCCAAAUCAUCACCAGAUUCAUCACCUUAUUAAAUGCAGAAGUUAAUUUGUAUCUAAUGGGGCAAAGUGGAAAUUUUACUCAAUUAUUCUAAGUUUACAGUAGUAAUAUUUUAAAAAUAUUAUUUUGCAUGAAAGAAUGUCUUUUAUGAGCUAUUUAUACCUAAAGUUAGCCCGAAAUAACAGAGACUUAAUGUACUUGUAACCCAUCAAUUUGAGUUUUCCUUAAUACAUCAUUCCCUUGCUGUAGUUUCAAAGUCUUUCUGAAGCAGAUAAGGGGAAGGAGUACCAUUCCUUUCAAGGGAAAGGGGGAGCAUGGAGAACAAAACUAAGACUUUCAAGAAACAAUUGUCAGAAUUUAAUGGAAACCACUACCUAUAUAGAGUUCUGAGUGUUGAGAACAAAUAUUAACAUGUACUUUUCAAAUGUGUGUAAUACAUAUUCAAGCUUACAAAGCAAAUUUAUGUUGUGACCUUGCCUGACAAAAUAUAUUUUAGUGAGAAAACUUUGUAUCAGUAGUUUAUGCAGGAGAAAACACUUUUAACAUAUGGACAGUUUCAAGAUCUAAGAGGGAAAAAAAAUGGCAGUCUUCAAUUUUAAAAUCUGUUGAGUUGUAAAUAAUUAACUACCAUGUUCUAUUACCAAGUUGUUUUAUAUUUUAGUUUUCUGGAAGACAAUUUUAUUUUACAAUGUAAACUCAAUAAAGUAACUUCUGUAUUAAAAAA